CAGAGAAAUGAAAGUAAGACCAGUGACGGUGCAAGUGACAUGUGCUACAUCAGUGUUAAGUGAAAAGUGGGUGUAUUCUGUUUGUUGUGCUAUAAAACAAUCUAUCCACCCACCAACAUAUCAUACAGCUGAGGAAACAGCUGCACAGUUUUUGACAGAGAUUCCAGUUGCAGAGAUGUUGCAAGGAAAUACUUCGAUCCUAGUUUGUAUCCUGUUUGUGCUGCUCACAUUAUGUGAUCAAACAGUUCACUGCCAGAAUGGACACAAAGAUUCUACACCUCUGAAAGACCUGAGACUCAUUCUGGUUGGAAAAACUGGAUCAGGAAAGAGUUCUUCUGGAAACACCAUCCUGGGGCGUAAAAAUGCCUUUGAAGAGGAAAUGUCCCCUGAGUCUGUGACUACAGGCUGUCACAGAGAGGAGAGAAAAGAUGGUGACCAGAGCAUCGUUGUCAUCGACUCUCCAGGGCUGUUUGACACAAAGAAAACAAAAGAAGAAGUGAAAGUAAAUAUUGAGGAGUGUAUUAAUCAGUCAGUUCCUGGACCCCAUGCUUUUCUGUUGGUGAUCAGUCUGAAGUCCAGAUUCACAGAAGAGGAGAGGGCAGCUGUGAAGUGGAUCCAGGAUAAUUUUGGCUCAGAUGCUGCCAUGUAUACCAUAGUCCUCUUUACACAUGCUGACUUGCUGGAGGGUAACUCUGUAGACACCUAUUUGGCAAAGAGCAAACAUCUACAGAGACUGAUAAACGAGUGUGGAGGAAGAUACCAUUCACUCAUCAAUGACCAGAGACGAGACAAAAUGCAGGUCAGAGAACUUCUAGAUAAGAUAGAAAAAAUGGUGGAGCGCAAUGGAGGAAGCCACUACACCAAUGAGAUGUAUCAGAGAGCUCAGAAGAAACUUGAGGAGGACAGGAAAAAGAGGGAGGAGGAGGAAGAGCGAAGAAAAAAGGAAGAGAGAGAAAGGAUCAGGGAGGAGGAGGAAAGGAUUACUUGGUGUAAAGCAGCAGCUGCUUCUGCCGUGGCAAUUUUUGGUGCAGGAGCAUUAAUAUCCUCAUAUACUGUCAUGUCAUUAGGUGCCGCCCUUGGAAUCUAUAACUUUAAUUGCACUAUAGAUAUGUUAACUUAAUUGUGAGACCUGUGACAAACAUAUGGAAGAGGUAAUGCAUGAUGGCUAAGUGUGAAACAAGCAAUUUUUGGCUUAUAGUAGCCUUUAAGGAGAUCCUGUUAACUAAAUCUUAAACUGAAAAAAGUGUGCAUACUUGGUUUGUAACUGGGAAUUAGAAAUACAUCAGAACAAAAAAUCUGUAACCAGACAUGUUACUCCCAUUGUUGAUAUUUUGGUAUUAUGAUUAUUUUUUUUGUUUGUUUUAAUUAGUUAACUAAUUAGUUGCAAACAUUCUAUAUUACACACACAAAAAAAAUCAUUGGAAUAACAUAAUUUCUUUAUGCCAUCUACAUCUCUUCUAAACAAAUCAAGUACAACCAGUCUAUCUUGACUGUGUUAUUUGAACAUCAUGUAAAUUUAAAGGUGAAAUGUCAUGUCUACAUACACCUACUUCUAUAUAUCUCACCUUUUAUUGGAUUAAAAUGUUUAUCCUUGGUCUAGUCAAA